AUGCCUCAACCACUCUCGAUACCGAAAAGCAGGUCAGAGCUAGAUCACCUAAAUGAAUACUUGACAGAACCCGAUGGGAAUGCCCUCGACGCCAUAGCAAAUGAUCAGGAUGCGCAACCAAUUUCACAACAACAAAAUGCUUCACCAACAUCCAAUGGCCUCUCACGCACGUCUUCGUUUGGAACUAGCAGCUCGUUCCAGGAAGAUUGGGAACCCUUUCCGCCUCUCGACAAGCUUACCGUUUUCGAUAUUCUGGGAAACUUGGCACUACCGCAAUAUCUAGAAAGAUGGCAGAAUACAUUAACCGCUCAGAAGGAGAAGGUUAGGAAACAACAGGAAAAACUGAAGAGCACGGGCAUCCACGCGAAGCAAAAGGUAGUGGGGGAAUGGCGCAGACGGGUACCCUCGUCAGACGAACAGCUCGAGAAAUACCGGAAACGAAUGAAAGAUUCCGUUGAGCGACUGGGUGCUCGUUGGAACGACACCGCGACGGUGACCGCCCGCGAGAAAAUCUCCUUCAUUGCAGGGGUCCUUAAUAUCCUCAUCUGCGGAUAUUUGAUUGGUGCCUACCCGCAAUCUUUCUUUUACUGGUACUCUGCUCAGUUUUUCUACUUCAUGCCGAUACGCUACUACACUUAUCGCAAGCGUGGCUACCAUUACUUCCUAGCUGAUCUCUGCUACUUUGUCAAUUUCUUGGCUGUUUUGUCGAUCUGGGUCUUUCCGAGCUCGAAACGAUUGUUCCUUAGUACAUACUGCCUUGCUUAUGGUAAUAAUGCCAUUGCCAUUGCCUUUUGGAGGAAUUCGCUUGUUUUUCACAGUUUCGAUAAAGUUACCAGCUUGUUCAUUCAUAUAAUGCCCCCGGUCACCCUCCAUUGCUUGGUCCAUAUGACACCUCCGGAAGUAUUGCUUAGACGAUUUCCUGCUAUCUACAACAUCAAAUUCAGCGAACCAGGUAGCCCAGAACAUUACACGCUGUUCGCAAUGAUGAUAUGGGCUUCCGUGCCCUAUGCUGUGUGGCAGCUGUCUUAUCACUUCCUUAUCACUGUUCGUCGCCGUGAGAAGAUUGCAGCAGGGCGGCCAACAAGUUUUACAUGGCUGCGGAAAUCAUAUGCCAAAACCUGGAUUGGGAAAUUUGUCCUUAACCUCCCACUUCAAUUACAAGAGCCUGCCUUCAUGCUCAUACAGUAUGUCUAUGCGCUGCUUACCAUAACACCAUGCCCUUUGUGGUUUUGGUACCGCUGGGCCAGUGCGCUUUUCCUUAUGGUCGUGUUUUCGUGGAGUGUCUACAACGGAGCUACUUUUUACAUUGACGUCUUCGGCAAACGGUUUCAGAAGGAACUAGAACAGCUCAAGAAAGAUGUUGCCAAGUGGCAGUCAUCUCCGGAGGGAGGCUCGACAAGUCCCGUUUUGGCACCUGAAUCUAGCGGCAACGGUAAGCCUCAUAGCCAUGAUGAUAUGGAUAUCAAGGAGCCCGAUUUACUACCGGAGAAAUCCGCUGUUAACCGGAUUCCGCUGCUCGAUGCGCAACAUGAGAGUUCCAGUGUGGAGGCCAAUCCAAGUUCUGGACUCCAUGCCAGAACUUAG